UAGUACCUUUACAGCAAGAAUUUGACCUUACUCCGUUACCUCCUGAUGCAGUUGAAUUUAAAAAUAUGCCCAAAGCACAAUGCCAAACAUGCAAAGUAAGUCUGCCAUUGCACAUUUUGGCUCUUCAUGUGCAGGAGUGCACAGAGUCUGGAUCUUCAGCUGAGGACACAGAGGCAUGUCAAACCGAGGUCCAAAUAGCGUCCGUGCAACCAUCUGAAGAGCACACCAACACAGAGAAAUUGGAUGAAGAAAAGCUUCAGUGUCCUAUCUGUAACUUGAAAUUUGCUCCUUAUUUCCUUGAAAUCCAUGCAAGCACAUGUGGAGAAAGAAGCAAAAAUGUAACAGACAUGGAUGAAAUUGAGGAGAACAAAAUAGAAGAGGAGCAUAUGAAAAGUGUUGAUGAUGUAUUGGAUGCUAUUUGUCAAAGAGUUGAUGUGGAGAAGCAGUUCAGCAUCCUUAUUUCAAGAACAAACAUUCUGGAGAGAGGCCUUCUGCAGUGGCAACGUCAAAAAAAAAAUUCACCCACUGCCAUGUUGAAGGUGUCCUUCUUUGGGGAAGCAGGAAUCGACACUGGUGCCCUUCGAAAAGAAUUUCUCACAGAAAUGGUCGCUGGAAUCGAGACUCGUUUCUUUGAAGGACCACCACACCAAAAAAGUCCACGCUAUUCGCUUACUGACUUUGACAGCGGACUAUUCAGGACUGUUGGUGAGAUUCUGGCCGUCAGUUUGGCACAAGGAGGUCCUGCCCCUACAUUUUUCAGCCAGUGGGCUUACAGUUACCUCUGCAAUGGGCAGAUCAACCCAACACAGCUGGAUAAAAAUACUGUGGCAGAUUCACAGUUGCGGUUACUGAUUGACCAGGUGGAAUGUUCAACUGAGCAGUCACUUCAGAGCCUUACUGAUGAGAUUUUAAACUGUGGAUUCACUGGAGCCAUCUCGGUUCAAAACAAGGAACCGAUUGUCCGAGCCAUUACACUCCAUGCUGUGCUUAGACUGCAGCCAAUGUUGGAACAACUCAAGGAGGGUUUGCAGCUGUAUGGCCUCCACCUGCUGAUUAAGCAGUACCCAGAAAUAUGCCAGCCUCUCUUCGUCCUUGGGGGAGAUGUGAAAGUUAAUGCUGAGUUUGUCAUGGCGUCCAUUCACCCUCAGCUGAGUGAGAAGGGAACCUCCAAGCAUCAGGUUGAGCUGGACCUGGUUAACUUCAUUCAGGACUUGCUUUAUGAAUCAGAAGAAGGUCCAGAACAUCUAGCUGAUGAAGAUGGCCCAAGAUCUAUCACACCUGCCAGGUUUCUGCAAUGGAUCACCGGUCAAGGCCACGUUCCUCUCCUCCCCUCAGAAAAGAAGGACUUUGCUGUGGUGGUCAAAUUUAAUCACAACUGUGAAGCUGACUGGAAAUCACAGCAUCUGCUAUCCUGUUGUGUCAUCCUGUGCUAAGACCA